GGAAGAUGCCGGCCGUUGACAACGGUUCCAGGGAUCAACAAGAGUAACUACUAACGCCUCGAGAAUAAUAAACAUAAUGGAUCGGCCACCUCGAUCUUGCCCCGCAAUGUGUUGAUCUUCCCCCGCGAGAACCUCCCGAUCUCUCCAUCUUUCGCUGUUCCCUACAUACAGCGUGGACAGAUAUCUCUCUUUUACCAAUCACUUUCUCCCUACGUUGACGUGUUCAGAGUCAAGUCGCUUGCCUCUCACUUCCAUUGUUUCCCCCCCGUCCAGAUCCGGUCCAAAGCCGGUGCCCGGCACAACUCGGUCACCAUGACCUGGGUCGAGAACGCAACCCCUGAGGUGGACGCUCAGUCCGAAUGGAGGACUAUCAUUGCCAUCUGCGUCACCUUGUCCGUCUUCUCAAGUGUCAUUGUGGGCGCGCGCCUGUGGAUCAGGCACCGCAACCACGGCCUGGCCGCCGACGACUGGAUGGCGACACUGUCGGCAGUGUUUGCCUUACUGUACUCGAUUCUCUGCAUACUCCAGACGAAAUAUGGGCUAGGACUUCCAUUGGCCCUCCGCCCACCCGAAAACCUUAUCCCAUUCACGCGCGUCAACUACGGCGGCCGGCCGAUAUACCAGAUGGGCAUCAGCUUUUUCAAGGCUGCCCUGCUCAUCAGCUAUCUGCGCCUCUUCAAGGGAACUAGCCACGCCGUGUCCAGGAGGGUGGUUUGGAUUGCAAUGGUCGCCAUCCUGGCCGGGCACCUGGGCUGCUCGUUGACUCUGAUCCUUGCAUGCAACCCAGUACACAAAUCGUGGGAACCAUUAACGCCCGGGACCUGUCUGGCACCUGGCCCCUCCUUCACGGCGUACGCCAUUGUCACCAUCGUCUCAGACGUCGUGGUAGCCGUCAUCCCUAUCCCCGUUCUGCUCAAGCUCAAAGUAAACACCGGCAAGAAAGUCGGUCUGAUCGUCAUCUUCCUGCUCGGGCUGUUCACGACGUUGUGCUCCAUCUUCCGCUAUCUCCAGAUCGACAGGAUCCAGUACGGCGACGGGAACUCCACCAUGCUUGUUUUGUGGGGCGUGAUCGAGUUCAACGUCGGGAACAUGGUAUCCUCACUCCCAUUCCUAGCACCGAUCUUUCUUCGCAAGGCGAAGGAAUACACGUCCAAAUACUCUGGCAGCGGACAACAAUACGGAGCAGCAUCGAACGGCGGGGCGCGCCGGUUCGGGAAAUCCGGUGGCGAGGGGUACAAGCUCAGCAGCGUAUCCAGCCCGCGCAAGGGCACAUUUGCCACUGCCCACGGCCAAAGCAGCAACAGCGAAGAGAAUAUCCUCAAGAGCAGCCCGGACAACUCCAUCGUGAAGUCGGUCAGCUACAGCGUCCAGGUAGACUAGGGACUGGAAUCGUCUCAGAGGAAGGGCCGCAAGGACUGCUGCACCACCUCAUGCAGUACCAUCACGCGGGACAGGCUCAAAUAAUCGAGACGAAAGGCGGCGCAAGGGGUAGUGGAUCUACUGUCUUAGAUGGGUGGCUUGUUUGCUUUAUUUUUGGGACCGGUUGCUGAAAAGUACCCACUAUUGAUACCACGGGACGAAUCUCUUGUCUUUGGCUUGUAACUUAUGCAUCGUCAU